CGCACCGCGCUCCGCUGAGGGGAGCCGGGCGCGGGGCCCGGCGCGUUUCAGCACCGCCAGCUCGGGACCGUCGGGUGCCCCGGGAUGCCCCUAGAGCCUCUGGGCUGACUUCCUGCGUGCAUCGUCUCUCUUCUUCUCCCUUUCUCAAUGACAAGCAGAUUUUCUACUUAUGUGCUGGCUUUACUACUCUUUUGUUAUUCCUCUGAUUCUUAUGAUCCACCGAAAUUGCCUGAUCCUCGGGAUCCAAAGUUUAUUCAGGAUUGUGUGCAAGGCCAUAAUGAAUUGCGGGCGAAAGUGGAUCCUGGAGCCAGCGACAUGCUCCACAUGAGUUGGGAUCCAGACUUGGCAAAGACUGCAAAAGGUUGGGCAAGGAAAUGCUUAUUUAAACAUAAUAUAUACCUCAAACAGCGAGGGAAAGUUCACCCCAAAUUUGGUACUGCUGGAGAAAACAUCUGGACAGGCUCGGCUUCUGCGUUUACCGUGAGCGGAGCCCUCUCCGCUUGGUUCAAUGAGGUCAAACACUAUGAUUACAAUACCAAUAAGUGCACUAGAGUAUGUGGCCACUAUACACAGGUAGUUUGGGCUACAAGUUACAAGGUUGGUUGUGCUGUCCACUUCUGUCCCAAGAUGGGAUACCUCUCCAUACGCAAUGCAGCACACUUCGUCUGCAACUACGGGCCACCUGGAAAUUACCCAGUGCGCCCAUACAAGACGGGAGCAGCGUGCAGCGAGUGUGGUGGCGACCAGUGUGUCAACCAGUUGUGUCGAAAUGCAGAGCGUGACAAAGUCACUGAGAAUUCCAGGUGGCGUCCAGAGUGGGACAGAUCUGCAUGUGAUGAGUUCUGCAUCUCCGUUAUUGCUUUAAGAUUUCUUUUCCUCGUACUGACAAUUGUGGCCACCUGGCUCUUACCAAAAUAUUGGUCUGUAGUACGUAUCAGUGGGUAACACAUGUAGAAGACCGCAAGAGCACUUGGCUCAACUCAUCUCUUCCAGUAACAUAAGUUACAGGCAGCACAGACAUUGGUAGAGAUGUUGUUUUCAUCCACGGGUGAUUUAGAAUUACAGAAAUAACUUCUUCAUCGCAGGUCAUAGUUACAAGCACUGAUAAGCAGCUUUCUCAUUGUUCAGAACCAGUUAAAAGUUAAAAUGGUUUUAGAUGUUAAAAUUUCUUUAAAAGUUAAAAAGUUAGAAUAUUUUUAAAGUGGAGCAGUGUGCAUGUGAUCUCAUGGGUACAGGAUCACAUUGUCCAGGCAGCACAUUAAUGUGCCCAACACACUUCAGGAUGGGCUGGAGAGUGUCCAGCCCAGGAGCCCACAGCCAAGGCACAGGCAGAGCAUACACCUGUCUCAUUCCUAUUGCACUCUUAUCUUGGGCACUCCUACAGCAAGAUGCAGAGUGGCCUGUGUAAUUAGAAAUAUUUUUAAGGAAUUUUUGGAUCCCUGUGAGCACUGGAAUUUGCAUCCCGUGGCAGGCAACACACUUCCCAGUCUCACAGAGCGCUUGACAUUGGCACUUCACUUUGCUUAGAAUUUGUUUUUAAACUCAUGGCAUCUGUGCCAAACAGUGUCACCUAUGUUUACAUGGUUAUAUAUCACUGCAAUCCUUCCUGUUGUGGUUUUGGGUUUUGUUUUUUUUUGAGCAUGGAGGUUUUACUGCUGUUUCCAACAAUAAAGUGUUAUUUCCUGC